AUGGCCGCGGCCUCCUCCCCGCCCAGGACUGAGAGGAAGCGCGGGGGCUGGGGCCGCCUGCUGGGCGCCCGGCGGGGCAGCGCGGGCCUGGCCAAGAAGUGCCCCUUCUCCCUGGAGCUGGCAGAGGGCGGCCCGACGGGCGGCACGCUCUAUGCUCCCGUCGCGCCUUCCGGCGUCCUGGGGCCAGCGUCCCCCACGACCCCCGCUGCGCCCUCGGCGCCCCCGGUCGUCGCCGACCUCGGCCCGCGGCCGCCAGUGAGCCUCGACCCGCGGGUCUCCAUCUACAGCGUGCGCCGCCCGCUGCUCGCGCGCACCCACGUCCAGGGCCGCGUCUACAACUUCCUCGAGCGCCCCACGGGCUGGAAGUGCUUCGUCUACCACUUCGCUGUCUUCCUCAUCGUCCUGGUCUGCCUCAUUUUCAGCGUGCUGUCCACCAUCGAGCAGUACGCCGCGCUGGCCACUGGGACGCUCUUCUGGAUGGAGAUCGUGCUGGUGGUGUUCUUUGGGACGGAGUACGUGGUCCGCCUCUGGUCUGCAGGCUGCCGCAGCAAGUACGUGGGCGUCUGGGGACGGCUGCGCUUCGCUAGGAAGCCCAUUUCCGUCAUCGACCUCAUCGUGGUGGUGGCCUCCAUGGUCGUCCUCUGUGUGGGCUCCAAGGGCCAGGUGUUCGCCACGUCCGCCAUCAGGGGUAUCCGCUUCCUCCAGAUCCUCCGGAUGCUGCAUGUGGAUCGCCAGGGAGGCACCUGGCGGCUCCUGGGCUCUGUGGUCUUCAUCCACCGCCAGGAGCUGAUAACCACCCUCUACAUCGGCUUCCUGGGCCUCAUCUUCUCCUCCUACUUCGUGUACCUGGCCGAGAAGGAUGCAGUGAACGAGUCGGGUCGCAUUGAGUUCGGCAGCUACGCGGACGCGCUGUGGUGGGGGGUGGUCACAGUCACCACCAUUGGCUACGGGGACAAGGUGCCCCAGACCUGGGUUGGGAAGACCAUCGCCUCCUGCUUCUCCGUCUUCGCCAUCUCCUUCUUCGCACUCCCAGCGGGCAUCCUGGGCUCAGGGUUUGCCCUCAAAGUGCAGCAGAAGCAGAGGCAGAAGCACUUCAACCGGCAGAUCCCAGCAGCAGCAUCCCUCAUCCAGACUGCGUGGAGGUGCUACGCUGCCGAAAACCCCGACUCCUCCACCUGGAAGAUCUACGUGCGGAAGCCCAGCCGGAGCCCUGCGCUGCUCUCGCCCAGCCCCAAGCCUAAGAAGUCCGCCAUGGUCAAGAAAAAGAAGUUCAAAGUGGACAAGGAUAACGGGGUCAACCCUGGAGAGAAGGUGCUCACGGUCCCCCACAUCACCUGCGAUCCCCCAGAGGAGCGGAGGCCAGACCACUUCUCUGUCGACGGCUACGACAGCUCUGUGAGGAAGAGCCCCACGCUGCUGGAGGUGAGCCCGGCCCACUUCCUGAGAACCAGCAGCUUUGCCGAGGACCUGGACCUGGAAGGGGAGACGCUGCUGGCCCCCAUCACCCACGUGUCACAGCUCCGGGAGCACCAUCGAGCCACCAUCAAGGUCAUUCGACGCAUGCAGUACUUUGUGGCCAAGAAGAAGUUCCAGCAAGCAAGGAAGCCCUACGAUGUGCGGGAUGUCAUCGAGCAGUACUCUCAAGGCCACCUCAACCUCAUGGUGCGCAUCAAAGAGCUGCAGAGAAGGCUGGACCAGUCCAUCGGAAAGCCCUCCCUGUUCAUCCCUGUCUCAGAAAAGAGCAAGGACCGCGGCAGCAACACCCUCGGCGCCCGCCUGAACCGGGUGGAAGACAAGGUGACGCAGCUGGACCAGAGGCUGGUGGUCAUCACGGACCUGCUCCACCGGCUGCUCUCCCUGCACCAGGGCGGACCCCCUGGUGGGGGCGGGGCCCAAGUGGUCCAGUCCCGCAGCGAAGGUGGCUCUGUCCACCCCAAGCUCUUCCUGCCCGGCAACUCUCUGCCCACCUACGAACAGCUGACCGUGCCCCAGAGAGGACCUGAUGAGACAUCCUGA